GAAUGGUAUAAUAGGGCAAACUCUUCCUCUUUCCCGGCCGUCAUAAGAGAAGACGAGACGCAAUCUCUCCUCUACACUCCAGCCCAUCCCCGGAUCCUUCUCGCGGCGGCGGCGGCGGCGGCGGUCGCUCCUGCUCCUCCUCCUGCUGCUGCUUCGGCGGCGCCCGCUUCGUCUAGAUCUUAGCCCGCGGAAUCAACAGAUCUAGGGUUUCUCCCAAUGGCUUCUGCGGCGACGGCGGCGGCGACUCAAGUGGGGACUUACUUCCUCCGCAACUACUACAACCUGCUGCAGCAGAACCCAGAUGUCGUCCACCAGUUCUACAGCGAGUCCAGCACCAUGGUCCGCGUCGACGACCUUACCGGAACCAACACCACCGCCAACUCCAUGAUGGAUAUACACUCCCUCAUCAUGUCCCUCAAUUUCACCCAAAUUGAGAUAAAAACUGCCAACUUUGCCAACUCGUGGGGAGAUGGUGUGCUAGUCAUGGUCUCUGGUCUCGUGCAGACCAAAGAGUACAGCGACCAAAGGAAAUUUAUCCAGAUGUUUUUCCUUGCUCCCCAGGAGAAAGGUUACUUUGUUCUCAAUGAUUAUUUCCACUUUGUUCACCAACAACAAGUACAGCUGGCACAGGUGAUUGCUCAGGAAACCUUUGAGACCAACUUGGCACCCAACACUGUCCAAACCAGUCCUGAGUACAUUCAUGAAGAAGAAGGUCAAGCAACACAAGGAGCUGUUCCAAUAACAUCUGAAGAAAACGAUGCUGUUGACAACUACACUUACUCUGAGCCUCCACAACAAGUAGUUUCUCAAUCGGACAACUGGGGAGAUGAACCUCUGUUGGAGGAACCGCUUUCUUCGUUUUCAAACGGUAUGACAAUGGCACCAGAGGAGCCAGUGCAACCUGCACCUGUGCCACCUCCUCAUGUAGAGGAGCCUGUCGGGGAACCUGUAAAGAAGACCUAUGCUUCAAUUCUAAGAACCGCAAAGGCCCCACCCCCGUUCCCCGUGGUUCAGCCAGUACCUGCGAAUAAAGCUCACCCUACAACAGAGCCAAGCCAGGCAGCACAUCCAACCAACCAUCAUUCGGUUAUGACUUCAUCAGUGGCAGCGGAGAAGCCAAGAUCUGAUUUCUAUGGUGAAGCCCAUGAUGAAGAAGAGAGCAAAUCUGUUUAUGUUGGGAAUGUUCCAUCAUCUGUAACUGAGGCUGAUCUUGAGAAUGAGUUCAAGAAGUUUGGCCAGCUUAUCCCUGAUGGUGUUGCUAUCCGAAGCCGCAAGGAGACAGGUGGCUACUAUGCUUUUGUUGAAUUCGAGGAACUCAGUGGUGUUCACAAUGCAUUAAGGGCUUCACCACUUGAAAUAAAUGGGCGGCAGAUAUAUGUUGAGGAGCGGAAGCCUAACAGUGGAAUAAGAGGUGGAAGAAGGGGAGGAGGCAGAGGUCGCUUCGGUGGCGGAGGUGGUCGAGGAUAUGCGAGAGGCGACGGCGACUACAAUGGAAGCCGCGGGAGGUCGAAUGGCUACCAGCGUGUCCCUCACCACGAGAGGGGCAUAUUGGGGGCGAGGAACUGAGGGAUUUACCGUGGCGAUAGGAGGGAGGGAAGCAUAAGAGGUUUUGAUCCGAUGAAAGGGAGGGAUGGAUCCAAAACUAAACUAUUUGGAGCACUCCAUUCCGUUAGGUUGCCUUUUCGAUUUUGGGGUCCAGAGUUUCCCGCAGCAGUUUGAACUGUGUUGUGUCUGCCCCGUUGUGGUACCGAGUAUGAUAGAUGCUUUUGUGUUGCUAUUGCUGCUGCUGUCUUGCCGUUUACAUAUUAUUAGAAUGCUCCGUUUGAGUUAUGUGGUUGGUCCAUUAUACCUGUGCAUCA